AUGUCUGCUCAAGAGAUUCAAUCAAGUAUUCAAUUUAAGCUCCUCAUUAUUGGAAGCUCUGGAGUUGGCAAGUCAUGCUUUUUGCUGCAAUUUACAGAAGGAGUUUUUAAGCAAGAUCACAUAGUAACUAUAGGAGUUGAGUAUGGUGCGAAAAAUAUAACAAUAAACAACACUCUAGUCAAACUCCAAAUCUGGGAUACAGCUGGGCAGGAAGAAUAUCGCUCAAUCACAAGAACAUUUUAUAGGAACGCUCAUGGUAUUAUCAUUAUGUAUGAUAUUACUAAUCUCGAGACUUUUGAAGAUAUCGAUUCAUGAAUCAACGAAGCCAAACAAAAUGCAGGACCUGAUGUUUCUCUAUUUUUAGUAGGAAAUGUUUUAGAUUUAUCACCAGAAGAACGAGAAGUUGACACAGAUAUUGCUGAAAAAUAUGCUGCAGAGAAUAAAUUAGACGGGUUUAUGGAAACCUCUGCAAAAACAGCGGAAAACGUAACUGAGUAAGAAUAAUUCAGAGUUUUUACAAAAUUUGGGGAAAUUUUGUAUAAAAAGCACAGAAGUGAAAUAACUGCCUUAAAUCCAGAGGUACGACCAAAUGAUCCAGGAGUUAUUAUAAGACCUACAGAUGCCAAGAAAAAGAAAGGAUGCUGCUAA